UAUGAUUCCUUCUAUUACAUAAGCACAUAAAUAAAUGAGAGAAAGUGGUAUCGCUUUUUAAACAAAGCUCUAAAAGUCACUCAAGUUGUCUGAAUAAUACCAUGCAACUAUCUAUUUAAAAAGAGAAGAUUAAUAAUUGACUAGAGUAUUUAAGAUGAGAAGUGCCUUCACGUCAUUACAAUCACUUUCAAAAGAGUAAAAAGAAAAAGGAGUAGUAACAGUAAGUGAUGGUAAUUUUGCUUAAGCAUUUGCCUUCUUUUGUAAUCACUUUAAGAUUAAAGGUAUUAUAGUACGUCAUUAUAUUAAGGUACGAUUUUUGUACCUGAAGUUUGUUAUGGUUGGAAAAUUGAUUUAAUAUAGAAAAAUGGUAAGUAAUAUGUAGAAAUCAAAACAGCUGGUGAAAAUUUUGAUGAAUGUGAAUAGGCAGCAUAAAAAUAUAUUAAAGAAAAUGAUAAAAUACUUAUACAUCCAAGUGAUAACCUCAAAGCCAUACAUGGUUGUGGUACAAUUGUAAUAUAGUUAUUCAACAUAAGGGAAUUGAAAUACUUGAUGAAAUGCCAGGAGAUGUAGAUUACAUAUUUUUACCUGUUGGAUAAGGAGCACUUGCUGCAGGAAUUGCUACUUAUAUCAAAGCCAUGAGUCCAAAUACUAAGGUUAUUGGAGUAUAACCAGAUGGUGCUGAUUCAAUGAUCUAAGCAUUCUAAGCAAAACAAGUUGUUAAAUAAGAACAUUUUUCUAGAUUUUGUGAAGGAUCUGCAGUUCCAUCAGUACCUAAAUUAUGUUUAGAUAUAUGUAUGGAGAAAUUAGAUUAAUUGGUGAAGGUAGAGGAAGGUAAAGUUAGUACUACAAUCUUAUAAUUAUAUAAUUAAGGAAUAGCAGUAGAACCUGCUGGUGUAAUAAAAUGAUAUAUAUUAGGCAUUAUCUGUAUCUGUACUUGAUCAAUUUGCUCAUGAAAUUAAAGGCAAAAAUGUUGUAUGUAUUCUAAGUGGAGGUACAGUGGAUUUAUCUAGAUUUGAUGAAUUUAAAGAGCAUUCAUAAUUACAUGAAGGAUUAAAGUAUUUUUUUUUGAUUGAAAUGCCUUUUAAAUCUGGAAUUCUUAAAAAUUUUGUUAGUUUGUAUUUGAUAUUAAGUAUUUAAAAGUUGUCUUGGUCCUGAUGAUGAUAUAACUCAUAUCCAAUUUUAAAAGAAAGCAAAUAGAGAAAGAGGUCCAUGUUUAGUAGCCAUUGAAGUUGCAAAGAAGGAAAGUAUCAAAUAAGUAAUGGAGAAUAUGAAGAAGAUGCAUUUAUAAUUUAAAUUAGUGAAUGAUUCAAAGGAAUUAUAUGAUUUGCUUAUUUGA